AUGUCAUCACAUGAAUGGGGAGGAGAUUUUGAGUUGUUCACGAUAACGGAAGAUGUUAUUACUGUUAUUGCACCUUUUCUACCACUGGAUGAUCGUUUGAAAUUUAUUAGAAUUAGCAAGACUUGGCUCCGAGCCAUCCGAUCACUUCAGAGAAUGUGGCGCGAUGAUGUUUUUAUUGGAAUUUUAAGAGGAGAUAGGACAAUUGGAUUGGAAGGAGGUGAGAAAGAGUACUGGGAAGCGUAUCCGAACAAUUCCAAUGAAGAUAGCGUGGAUUGGAUGAAAGUUGUUCAAUUGCAAUUUUUAAAACUUCCAAAAAAGAUGCAAGUUAAAAAGCAUCAAGUUAUAAAGAUAUUGGGAGAAAGCCAUUAUGGAAAUGUUGAUUUGGUGAAAGAGUGGAAAUCACCCUUCCAACCAAAGAUUCGUAAAACUAUUGAACUACCCUCUGAGAGUUCAAUAUUUGAAUUUCCGUUUAAUAUUCGAAAUGAAAUUGAUAAGAUUGAUGAUUUGGAUAGAAAAAAAGGAAAACUCAAAGGAAUUUAUGCUUGUUGCUUUUUCUAUGAAAUGCUUUCACUAGGUGAUUAUGUACCAAAUUUGUAUAAUGAUAUAAUCAAUGUUAUUCCAGUUUCAGAAAAUUACCAAGUCAACUUGGAUUACUUUGCGAGGAGAGAAUCUUUUGCUUUCAUUUUGCUAACUAUUUUACUGGAAGAUUACAAGGAUAUUUUCCUGGAUUGGUUCUUGGAAAGAUUAGUUUGCAAAUUGAAAGAGCCAAAUUGUAAAAUGUAUGAAACCCGAAACAUUGUUGGUGAAAAAUACACUGAGGAGAUGGUAAUGGAAGGAGGAAUCAGUGAUUUGGAUUUUUGUCCUAAUAUUAACGUUAAAUCAUGGCUUUUAUUGGAAUUAUUCAGAUACUCUGUUGAUUAUUUGGAAAUUCAUGAUGAUUGGAAGAAUCAAGAAGCCAAAUUAGAUUCCUACAUGCUGAAUGAACUAUUUCCAUUGUACUAUAAUGCUGGAGGUGGUUAUUAUGAUGUUCUUAAGGUUACUUUCAGUUUGGAUAAAUCAAAUGGAAACAGAGUUAUUCUUACAAGAACUGAAUCUGAAGAAUUUUACUAA